CACGACCCCAAUUCCCAAACUGCGUCCAUCCUCGCAUCCCCUCGCCCCCACCUUCUUUUCGAGUCGACACAACCCAAGCCAAGAUGGCACCCAAAGGCAAGGGCGACCAGCCCAAGGCGAAGAAGGUCGUGGUGGACAAGACGUUUGGCAUGAAGAACAAGAAGGGAGGCGCCGCUCAGAAGCAGAUUGCGCAAAUCAAGGCCACGCAGGCAUCAGGAGGUACGCCUGAUGAGAAGCGCAAGGCGGCGGAGAAGGCGCAGCGCGAGAAAGAAAAGGCAGCAGCAGAAGCGGCGCGCAAAGAGACGGCUGAGCUCUUCAAGCCGGUCCAGGUCCAAAAGGUCCCAUUUGGAACGGAUCCCAAGACGGUCCUGUGUCAGUUUUUCAAAAAAGGCAACUGCGAAAAGGGCAAGAAGUGCAAAUUUAGUCACGACCUGGCUAUUGAACGCAAGACGGAGAAGAAGAGCUUGUACACGGACAGCAGAGACCAAGAAAAGCAAGAAGAGGAGGAGCGUAGAAAGAAGGAUAACAUGGAUGACUGGGACGAUGCCAAGCUGCAACAAGUUGUCUUGAGCAAGCACGGAAACCCCAAGACAACAACGGAUAAAGUGUGCAAGUACUUUAUCCAGGCCAUUGAAGACCAGAAAUAUGGAUGGUUCUGGACCUGUCCAAAUGGUGGUGAUAAAUGCUUUUACCGGCACUCCCUUCCACCUGGCUUCGUCAUCAAGACCAAGGAGCAGCGUGCGGCCGAAAAGGCUCUGAUGGCCAACUCGCCAAUGAAUACUCUGACACUCGAAGACUUCCUCGAGUCGGAACGUCACAAGCUCACUGGAAAACUCACACCCGUCACACCAGAAACGUUUGCCAAGUGGAAGAAGGAGCGUGUCGACAAGAAGCAGGCUGAGGAAGAAGCCAAGAAGCUCAGGGACGCCACCGGAAGGGCCAUGUUUGAAAAGGGCGACUGGGCUCAAGAUAGCGAUGAUGACAGCAGCGAUGACGACGGCGAGGAUGAGUGGAACCUGGAGUCGAUGAGGAGAGAAACAGAGGCGGCGCGGGAAAAGAAGGAAGAGGAGCGCAUGGCUGCCGCCAUGGACAAGGUGACUGUAUCUUGAACGCCUUUGUUUGUCUCUAGUCAGACGACAGUCCUGGGGACGGGAAAGAAAUGAGGCGACGAGAGCCUGCCGGCUGCCACACAAUGCUGAAAAAGCUUGCAGGGCAGGUCGAGUAGCACUGUGGAAGCAACAGAUUGGUCGUCAUGCGCCUGCAGCUGUAGCCUCGAGAUGAUUUUGAGGCUGAGCGUUUGAUGCAACACAGCAUGCAACGGCGGAGCACCAGGCUGAAUCGGCUUUGGUGUAAUCUGGGGGCUGGCGUCCGGUUUGGGGUCUGGGUGUUAUUGUAUGAGGUUACGAAAUAUACCUGCACUUGCAUGAACACCAUGCUAUCCGUCUACUUACCGAGGAUCAACCAUGCUAAGUGAUUUUGCACAC